CUCACUUCUACGUCAGUGCGUUCCACUGUAGCGCCGCCCCAUCCGGUAGAGUAGCAGGCAUGUCUACCCGAUCCAAGGUGGUCCUGGGUAUCACGGGGGUUCUGUCUGUCGGCACCGUGGUUGGGGUACACGUGAAGCAGAAUCUGGACAGAGAGAGGCUGCGUUUGGGUGUCGUCCAUGAUCUGGAAAGGCAGAGGCGGAAAGAGGAAAAUCGGCGUCUUUUGCAAGAACAGAUUGAUUUAACCAAACAGCUGGAGUCAGAACGAGAGAAGAGUCUUUCACAUGAGGCGACAAACCAAUCUUAAGGCCGGAGCCGUCCCCCUGCCGCGGACUUGUUAGAAGUGACAGGAUGAUUACGGGUAGUUUCUGCUUUCUGUAAAUCAUCAUCUCCGAGGCUGAUGAUCACUUUUGGAACUUUUGCGUUAAAAUACGUCAUGGACUUGUAAUAAAGGUGCCAUGCCCUCUA